AGAAAACAUGUUGGGUUUUUGCGGUUUCUCAGUAUUUGCGGUUUUUGCGGUCUGCGUCUGUUCAGCUCAUGAAUCCGAUGUUGAUUCAAAGGUUAGAGAAUUUUUCAAGAGCGGACAUACAAACAACUGGGCAGUGCUGGUUGACACGUCGAGGUUCUGGUUCAAUUACAGACACAUUGCUAAUGUUCUCUCUAUAUACAGGAGUGUCAAGAGAUUGGGCAUUCCUGAUAGUCAGAUCAUAUUGAUGAUUGCUGAUGAUAUGGCUUGCAAUCCAAGAAACCCAAGGCCAGCCUCUGUGUUCAACAAUGCCAACCAGCAAAUAAAUGUGUAUGGAGAUGAUGUUGAAGUUGAUUACAGAGGCUAUGAAGUAACAGUUGAGAACUUCAUAAGAGUUCUGACAGGUAGGCUGCCAGCAAGCACACCCAGGUCCAAAAGAUUGCUCUCUGAUGAGAGAAGCAACAUUCUUGUGUACAUGACUGGUCACGGAGGUGAUGGAUUCUUGAAAUUUCAAGAUUCAGAGGAGAUGUCAAGCAUUGAACUAGCAGAUGCCUUCGAACAGAUGCAUCAGAAGAAAAGGUACCAUGAAGUCUUCUUCAUGAUUGACACUUGCCAGGCUCAGUCCAUGUUUCUCAGAUUUUACUCUCCAAACAUAUUGGCCACUGGUAGCAGUCAUGUUGGGGAGGAUUCACUAUCACACCACACUGACCCGGCAAUCGGAGUUUUCAUCAUAGAUAGGUACACGUAUUAUGUGCUGGAAUUCCUAGAGCAAGUCAGAAGUGACUCCAACCACACUAUGGGCCAACUGCUGAAGGUCUGUCCAAAAAGUGUCUGCAUCAGCACGGUGGCGGUGAGAACUGAUUUAUUUGGCAGGAACCCCGACCAAGUGCCUCUCACAGACUUUUUUGGCAGUGUCAGAAAUGUAGAGAUAUACGAUGAAAUUAUAAAUUUGGAUGAAGAUGACAAGGAAGGAAACAGUUUGAAGAUUUGAAAUAGCUUCAAUGUACAUAGCAUAGCUUCUUGAUUUUACAGUGUUAAUACUAUAGCUGUAUUUUAUUUUAAAUAAUUGAUCAUUCCUCUUGUUUCAUAUUAUUUUAUUAACUGGCACAAAAAUCAAAAUGAUACUGAAUAUAUUGUUUAAAUAGUUGAUGUUUGCUAUUUCAGUUUGACGCAUAUUGAUGCAUGCGUGUUGAGUACUUAUCAAAUUUUUUAAAAAUUCCUAAUUUAGUUUUAAAGAAUUGUAUUUAAUUUUUAAGUUUGACUGCGAUAAAUUAAUAAAGUGUUUGUGAUA